UAUAUACUUAUAAUAGAUACGUGAAGAAGUUUCCACAAAAUUUUGUAAGCAGCUUAUGCUUUCUCAGCACAUUUAAGUCAUAAUUCAUGUGCCCGUAACACUGGACUAUAUUUAUGCAAACGCUACACCUGCAUCGAGCUUCUGGAAGUGCCCUUCUCCACCAUGAAAACUGAUAACCAACAACCAAGGAAUGCCUUCAAGGACAGAGAAAAGCCUGUUCAAGUACGCCUAAGCAACAUCACUGCUGCAAAAGGUGUUGCUGAUGCAAUCAGAACAAGUUUAGGGCCAAAAGGAAUGGACAAAAUGAUCAAAAGUGCAGAUGGUACUGUGACCAUAACCAAUGAUGGUGCAACUAUUUUGAAACAAAUGCAAGUCAUGCAUCCUGUUGCUAAAAUGCUUGUAGAAUUAUCGAAAGCACAAGAUGUUGAAGCAGGGGACGGUACAACAUCUGUUGUUGUUAUUGCUGGAAGCUUACUGGCAGCUGCACAACGAUUGUUGGAAAAAGGAAUUCAUCCAACAACGAUAUCAGAGUCGUUUCAAAAGGCAGCUUUAAAAGCUGCAGAAAUUUUGACACAAAUGUCCACACCAGUAGAUUUAUCAGAUAGGGAACUGUUAUUAAAAAGUGCCACAACUUCGUUAUCUUCAAAGGUUGUGUCACAAUACUCUAAUCUCCUGGCUCCAAUUUGUGUGGACUCUGUCCUAAAAGUAAUCGAUCCCAGCAAGGACACCAACGUAGAUUUACGAGAUAUUAAAAUUGUAACAAAACUGGGUGGCACUAUCGAAGAUACUGAAAUGGUGGAUGGACUUGUGUUAAAUCACAGAAUUUCACAUUUUGCUGAAGGUGUUGGAAGAGUUGAAAAAGCUAAAAUUGGCCUUUUGCAAUUUUGCAUAUCCCCACCAAAAACAGACAUGGAAAAUAAUGUUAUUGUAAGCGAUUAUACACAAAUGGACAGAGUGUUAAGAGAGGAAAGACAAUAUAUAUUAGACAUAUGCAAAAAAAUUAAAAAAUCUGGGUGUAAUGUUGUUUUGCUACAGAAAUCAAUUUUAAGAGAUGCUAUAAGCGAUAUGGGUCUCCAUUUCCUUGGUAAAAUGAAAAUAAUGGUUGUCCGAGAUAUUGAACGAGAUGAAGUUGAUUUUAUAUGUAAAACCUUAAACUGUCGACCAAUCGCCAGUGCUGACCAUUUAAAUCCUGAAAUGCUUGGUGCUGCUGAUCUUGUUGAAGAGUUCUCAACUGGUGCUGCAAAAGUAGUGAAGAUUACUGGCAUCCAAAAUCCAGGUAAAACGGUCAGUUUGCUGGUGCGUGGUUCUAACAAACUUGUUAUGGACGAAGCUGAGAGAUCUAUUCAUGACGCCCUGUGCGUUAUAAGAUGUCUUGUCAAGAAAAGGGCAUUGAUAGCUGGGGGUGGAGCACCAGAAAUUGAAGCAAGCGUCAAACUGAUGGAUUAUGCUAAGACACUAACCGGGAGAGAAUCGUAUUGUUUUAAAGCAUUUGCAGAAGCGCUGGAAAUUAUACCGUAUACACUUGCAGAAAAUGCUGGCCUAACUCCAAUCUCUGUUGUAACUGAACUUCGAAAUCGUCAUGCCAAGGGAGAACAACACGCUGGCAUAAAUGUUCGAAAGGGAUUUGUAUCGAACAUAUUGGAAGAAAACGUUUUGCAACCCCUACUGGUUUCCAUUAGCGCGGUCUCACUUGCUGCUGAAACUGUUAGAAGUAUCUUAAAAAUUGACGACAUUACCUUCAUUCGAUGAGCAGUGCUACCAUUAUCCAGAAGUAAUAUUAAGUUCUCCAUCGUAAAGACUGCGGAUCACCAACGUCGCUUAGUUCAGUACCAGAGUUCAGUACUUUGUAAAUUAAUUGUCUGAAUACGUUCACCUAUUACACAAA